CGUCUCUCCUCAGCUCAGAGCGGCUCUGUACAGUAUGUACGUCCUUCAGGGUUUCGUGGCUGCAUCUCCUCAUUCCUCUCUGGUCUGCGACACAUGUUUUUUAUUUCUGUGUGUGUGUACUUUUUUUCCACUGCAGAGGAAACUGGAAGGCUCGCCCUGGCUAUGAGUCAGACCUGGUCCAAGCUGCACCAGAACAGGAUCAAAUCUUUUCAUUCCUUGAAAUGCAGUUUCUGAUGUUUUAGGAUUCGGUACGUUGAAGCAGUUUUUUCAGCUCUUGGAUUAUAAAAGCUGAGUUCCAUGUCCGUCCCGAGACAGCUGUUUGAGGUCUGCUGCUGUGAACCGAACUCUUUGCUCUUCAUCUUCAUCUCAACAUGGCUGCUGCUGCUCUUGUCACAGAGAACUUUAAGUUUGUGUCUCUGUUCUUUAAAAGCAAAGAUGUGAUGAUCUUCAAUGGUCUGAUUGCUCUGGGCACCGUGGCCGGCCAGACUGCCUAUAAUGUUCUUGCCUUUCACUGCCCGUGUUCCUCAGGGAGGAACUACCUUUACGGCCUGGUUGCCAUCGGCGUUCCAGCUCUGGUUUUAUUCCUGGUAGGAAUAAUAAUGAACAGGAGGAGCUGGGACCUGGUGUCCGAGUGUCGGCUUAGAAAGUGCCGGAAGCUGUCUGGAGAUGCUGCCUUCACCCUGCUGGGAUCCAUCAUCGGUCGAGCUGUGGUGGCUCCGCUAACGUGGGUCAUCAUAUCUUUGCUGCAGGGCCAGGCAUACACAUGUGCCCUCAGUGAGGUAUUUGAUGCAGGAACGCUGGAGGGCUUCCCUUCAGGCCAGGGGUCAGAGGUCAUGGCAAAAUUCCCAUGUGAAGGAAGCGUUUCAACAGAGCUGCAGGGAUUUCAGGCAGAGAUUGAGCGGCGACUGAAAUAUGAAUCUCAGCUGAUUGGCUGGCUGCUGGUGGCGGGAUUGUCUAUCAUGGUGUUCCUGACACUGUGUGUGAAACGCUGCUAUUCUCCCCUCGGCUACCAGCAGGAGAACUACUGGUCCCAGUACCGCUCUAAUGAGAACACCUUGUUUGAGCGAACGGCACACGUGCACGCCCGCCUCCUGGCUGCAGAGAACGUAAAGAGCUUUUUUGGCUUUGUGGUGUUGGAUAAGGAGGAAAAGGAGGAGCUGAUGGAGCACAAGAGUGGGAGUCCGAUCUGCAGCAGCAGCUGGAACAGAGUAACGGGGGUCUACCUGUACAGAGAGAAGAAUGGGCUUCCUCUGUACAGCCGGCUCAACAAAUGGGCAACAUACAGUCUGGAGAAUGACACUGAGGCUCUGGAGAAAGAGAUGGAUAUACUCAGCUGACAAUGUUCUUCUGUAUUCAAGACUGUGUCCAUAAAUGUGUUAGUACUUUGGAAAACUUAAAUAGCUAUCUGACACACAUCUGUGGACAGCAGUUAUUGCAACAUGACUGCUGUAAUGAUGAUAACAAUGACUGAGUUCUAUUUCUGACCCAGGAAGCAUUGACAAACAGCUAAACUUUCCUACAACACCAUCACUAAUGCACCUGUACCAUUGUAAUAAUGGAGUCCAUAUUUGUACACACUGGAAGCAGCAAUCAUAACAUGUAUCAUAUCAAAAUGAUGGGGGGAAAUUCAGCUGAAAGACUCUACCAAGAAUUGGUAUCCAAAACAAACAGUUCAAACCCCAAGCAGUCACAUGGAAUGUAAGAAAACAUAAGAACAGACCUGUCCACGUUAGAGCUUCUGCUAAUUUCUCCACUUCAAGCAAAGCAGACAGACUCUGCUGAUUACAAAUACGUCUGUUUCAUCACCGUGGAACAGAAACUCUGGAGCUAGCAGCCAUAUUCUGAAAUCAUGCCUUAUUUUGUUGUUUUGUGGUGAAAUGUUUGAUUCCAGCUCUAAA